AUGGAUCGUGACCUUUCCAGGCUGGCGCCACCAGCUGUCAGCUCUCUCCGAGCCGAAGCAAUCGGCCGUUCUAUGGAACGCUCUCUGAGUGAGGAUAUCCGCGAGGAACGGGAGGAGUUGAGGGAAGCCGCCGAGCAGACACUGAAUGUCAUUGUUGACCUGAGUCUGGACGGUUCAGUUCGAUGGGUCAGUCCAUCGUGGGUCGAUGUCAUUGGGACACAACCCGGUGCAGUGGAGGGCACACCGAUCGCUGAUCUCAUCAUCAGCGAGGACAAGGCUGCCUUUGCCGACGCAAUCGAAUCGAUGAAGAAGGACGACUCUCACAGUCAGUACAUUCGCUUCACAGUCUAUCUGGGACUUCUAUCAAGGUUACUGCCCGUCAAUGAGAUACCGGAGAACGAUGCCGCUGGAGCAGAGCGGCCCACGGUAGAACUAGAGGCCCAGGGGAUCAUGGUUUAUGAUCGCACAACUGGAGGCGAAAGCCAUACGAUGUGGAUGAUUCGACCAUGGAUACCGCCCAGAGAGAUCAAGAUUGAUCUGCCCCCUCUAAUUGUUGAGGCGCUGGGAUCUGGCGCUGAAGUCCUCGCGAGCUAUCUUACCCAGCUUGCUGAUGCUGGACAGGACGAACCCGGUAGUCAGGUGCCGCCGCAACCAGUCCUGUGCCGCAUCUGCGAGAGACAGAUUCCACCCUGGUGGUUUGAGAAACACUCUGAGUUAUGCCUUCAGGAACAUCAAGCAGAAAUGGACGUCCAAAUGGCGCAAGAGAGCCUGACGGAGCAUCGGCACGCAAUCGUCAAAGUCCUUGAUGCGCUUGAAGCACGAAAGAGCAGGCCAGCCUCUGGCGACACUGUCACACUGCCGACCGCAGAGUACAAGGGGUUGGCUAUCGGACCAACAUCGAGUAGUUCUUCACCUGGUGCGGCUUCCCCGUCUUCCUCAUCUCGGGACCGCUCGGGGGGGUUUGGCCACAGUCGAUCACGGUCUUUCGCGGUCCGGCGGCCUCAAGCACGCAUCGUCGAGCUUCUCCUCGAUCUGUGUGACACGUCUAUCGAGAUCAACCCUCCUGCGCUCAAAGAGUCGUCCCAGAAUACGGCCGAAUUCCGAACACAGUCUCCAGGGUCAGAGUCUCGAACCUCACAGGUCCUGCAAUGGCAGUCGCCAAGCACCAACACUCUUGAUCAAGAACAAGGCCUAGCAGUGCUCUGUGCAGAUACAGAACGGGUGGCAAAGGAAAAGGUCGAAGCUGUCUUUCGCCACCGGAGGAUCAUCGAGUAUGCCGAACGCAUUCGGGUGGAGUUUGCAGUUCUAGUACAAGAGUGUAUCGACGAAGCCAUGCGGGAAGCCGCACGCAUCGCCUCGGGUCGCCUCAGUGACUCCACUGAGGAAGAAGAAGAGCAGACUCCGGUUGAUGAAGAAGUUAUCGGGCAGCCCUUUGACCCGGACCGCGUGCUUUCCCCAACGCCCAUAGAUGCACCGUCAUCUUUGGCCCUUGCCCUCAAGAAUGCCUCGCUUGGUGAGCCCAGGGCUCUGCGGUCCGAGAUGAGUGCAAUUGAGUCGACACGCUCAAGCAGUCCGAGAGAAUGCCCGACGCCGAAGUCGCUUGCACCUGGCGCCCGGGAUGGUCGGCGCGAGUCCCUGUUGCUAGAGAGCGACGCCGCCGAAAGCGAUGGCAGCACUCGCUCCUCAUCAGCGGCGCGGCAAGUACCAAGAACGGAUUCGCCAGUCUCUGAACUCGGCCAAAUAAGGCGUGCUACAAACUCUCGGCAACACCACAGGCGCAGCCUUGUUCUACCGGGGACAUCAUCACCACAUCGCCAGGAGUCACCAAACAGAAACACGCAGCCUUCAUCACCAUUACGAAUUAUCAAACCGAGGAACUUGCAGUUUUCACAUGAAGGGGUUGCCUCUCCGGAAGCCUCACCAAUGCUCUCGCAAAGUGAUUUCGGAUCUCCUGCCGCGGUCCACCAUCACCAUCGGCGCCAGUCAUCUACCAUCUUUCCAGACUUCUCGAAUCGACCUCCGCCGUCCCCACGGUUGAAUGCGGCAAAUCCGCCCCCCAUGGCAAGAGCCGUGCCACCAUCAAUCAAGGACUUCGAAAUCAUCAAGCCCAUUAGCAAGGGCGCCUUUGGCAGCGUCUACUUGUCCAAGAAGAAGUCGACUGGUGAAUAUUUCGCCAUCAAAGUCUUGAAAAAAGCAGACAUGGUUGCCAAGAAUCAAGUGACCAACGUCAAAGCGGAACGGGCAAUUAUGAUGUGGCAGGGCGAAAGUGAUUUCGUCGCGAAGCUAUACUGGACCUUUUCGAGCAAAGACUACCUGUAUCUUGUGAUGGAGUAUCUCAAUGGCGGCGACUGCGCUUCGCUAAUCAAAGUUCUGGGUGGACUACCAGAGGACUGGGCCAAGAAAUACCUCGGCGAGGUCAUUCUUGGUGUCGAACAUCUUCACGACCGCGGCAUCAUUCAUCGGGACCUCAAGCCUGACAACUUGCUAAUCGACCAGAAAGGCCACCUGAAAUUGACGGAUUUCGGUCUGUCGCGCAUGGGUCUCAUCGGCCGUCAGAAGAGGGCUCUGAAUAGUGGCGCCUCAGAUACGCCCGACCUUUUAAAGACAGGGCCUUUUGCUCGUGCUGCAUCUGUAGCAUCGUCCCGGUCGACAUCCUUGGAUCUCCACGGCACCCACACUUCUCCGGGGGCGACUCCGUACAUCAGUCCGGAGCACAGCGCCACCCAGCCCAGCUACUUCAACCUAUCACAAAGUCAGCAAGACUCUCGUCGUGGUACAGGCCAGCGAAGCGAUAGUGGCGGCAGCGAAUCCUUGACUCAGAUGAUGAGUCACUUUUCCCUGAACGAUUUACAGUCAUCGCAUGCGACUGUGCGAUCACCUCAAGAUGAUGUUAGCGAAGGUGAUUCUGGCGUUCCAUCUGACCUGGCCCCCCUCAGUCAGACGAAUAGUGCAAGCGGCGAAGUGAGCAGAAACACACCACCACAACCCAACAUGAUGCCUCCCCAGAUGGCUCUAUUCGAUCCAGAAGACUCUGAUCGAAGGUUUGUGGGUACCCCAGACUACCUUGCUCCGGAAACCAUCAAGGGGGGAAAGCAGGAUGAGUCGAGUGAUUGGUGGUCGGUUGGCUGCAUCCUCUUCGAAUUCCUGUAUGGCUACCCUCCCUUCCAUGCCAGCGAGGCUGAGACUGUCUUCGACAAUAUCCUGGCGCGCAAGAUCAUGUGGCCAGACGAAGCAGACGAUUAUGUUUCGCCGGAAGCGAAGGACUUGAUGAACAAGCUGCUUUGUAUCGACCCCCAGCAGCGUCUCGGUGCGAAUCGCGAGGAGAAGUUCUCUUCAGGCGGAGCUGAAAUCAAGAGUCAUCCGUGGUUCUGUGACAUCACUUGGGACACUUUGUUGCAGGACGAGGCACAAUUCGUCCCGCAGCUCGAAAAUCCCGAGGACACCGAGUAUUUUGAUACUCGUGGAGCCACGCUACAAUCCUUCACGGAGGAGAUUGAGGAUCAGUUGUCACCACCUUCAGCAGGCACGCCCGACUAUCCAGACCGCCCUCACGACGCCUUGUCUCGUGUCAGGUCACAGCUGCAUGUCACACAGAUGAAGCGAGGUCUUAUGCCGCUCCACAUACCACCUCAUAUUCGCGAUCUUAAGAGUCGCCGCCUUAGUGAGCCGGUGGCUUCUGACGACUUCGGCUCAUUCGCAUUCAAGAAUCUCACUGUGCUCGAAAAGGCAAACAAGGACGUCAUUCAACAGCUGAAGGCUCAAGCAAUGGCAGCUCAAAACAGGGCUGGCACAAGUCCAGGUGGUCUCAACUCUGCAACUUCGCCGCUUCCCCCUGCUGAAGGCAGCCCGAUUUUGCCGAAUCCGAUACCGAAGAAUGUAGCGGCGGCGAAAGCCUCGGCGUCGCAACGGCCGUCUUCGCCCUCUGGAUUGGGCAAUCCCUCUCCAAGCCGUGCGUCACAGCCGUCAUCACCUCUUCUAGUGUCAUUCCACGCAGGACCAGGCCACGAAGGGCGACGCAAAGCAUCAAGCAACUCUUCGAGCCUCUCUCAGCAGUCUGGGCCCUCAAGCUUGCAACCUGGUAGUUUCUUCGAUAUACCUAGAACAACACCAAGCCUGCAGAAAUCCACUAGCGCCGCAGCUGCCUCACCUAUGAAAGGCAAAGGAGCACCGCCACCUCUUGCUCUAUCGCCUCAGAAGACUUUUGGCACCCCCAGACAAGCGAGUGGCUCGUCGACCAGGUCUCGCUCAUUAACUGUUGGCUCACAAGAUGGCAGUCCUGUGGCGUCAGACCUCUUAGCGCAUCAUCGGAAUCGAAGAAGCCAGGUCUUUGACAUGUCACCAUCUUCGUCUGACAACGAAGGGGAGAGAGCUAGUGCCUUGCUUAAGGUACAGAGACGCCGCCAAUCUUCCCGUCGCAUGUCAGCCAUCAUGCUAGACAGUCCUUCAUUCCGAUCUCUGGACGUCCUGAUCUGCGAGGACCAUCCUGUGUCUCGUAUGGUUAUGGAGAAGCUCCUCGAAAAGCUUAGGUGCCGGACCAUCUCUGCUGUUUCUGGAUCUGACGCUAUCCGCUACGCUCUCAGUGAGAUCAAAUUCGACAUAAUAUUCACCGAGUUCAAGCUCCCUGAGAUUAGUGGUACCGAUGUCGCUCGAAUGGUCCGCGAAGUCAAGAACGUCAAUUCCCACACUCCUAUCGUUGCGAUCACUGCGUAUCUCAAGGAAUUACAGGCGCCGCAUUACUUCGACUCUCUCAUCGAGAAGCCAAUCAGUUCUUCCAAACUCAUUGAGGUUUUAUCUAACUUGUGUCAGUGGAAGGCUCCGACGCCUGGGCAAGCAGCUGCUCCAAUUGCAAGUCGCGUCUCGUCCGUCGGGAAGCAGGACUCGGAGCAUCUUCAGGAUAGCCCUGUGUCUGGCUCAUCUGCCUACACUCGUGGUCUUGGCGGGAGCAGUUUCAGAGGCUCCAGUCGAGGUGAUUCCAUCAGCUCCAGUCUGUUUGGCGACUCAGAGUCAGCCACCACAGAUGACAUCCCGAUAAUCAUCAGUCGCAAAACUACCAAUGAGUGGGACGAUAGUGGCUUAGGCAUCAGCCCAGAUGGAUCAACAGGUCAUCCGGCACACCUCAUCAGCCAGCAAUCCGCCCCUCCCCAGAUGGAAGGGAGCGGCACACCGAGCCCUGCACGGUCAAUUGACAGGCUCAAGCCAAGACGGGACACCUCCGACAAGAAGCGAGCUGAAGGUACUGACUCCGCUGAUGACGAAGACGACGAGCUUGGAGCCGGGCGAGCGCGUGUUCGCCCGCGGUCUUUAUUGCCAAGUUCGAAGCUAGGCAUUGAGAUGAUGCGGGCAAAUAGCCACGACAGUGUGGCGGUCACUUCUGAGAGUGCCUCGGAGCCUGUUACGCAGGUGGUGACGCCCGCGAAGGAGGGCGAGGCUGCACCUGACUUCAAUGCUGCUGCCUUGCUGGCCCUGGGCGGUGGAAUGACAGUGACGCCACCGCAAGGCAUUUCGCCUGGCACGACUCCUAGGAUCGGUACUGAUGACAUCACACCCCGUCGAAACCCGAAGGCUAGCGAGGACGAUUCAAUGAAUGAGCCUACACCACGGCCUACGGUCAGGACUUCGGACACCGUUAUGCGCAGCAGGUCCCCAGCUUGA